AACUUGCGUUUGGUUUUUUCACCUCUACGUACAGUGAUCUAAAUGUUGUUGACCUUUACCUGUUAGUCCUUUUGUUUAUUCACCUUUAUUCGGGAGCUGAAGGUAUAAGAAUACUAGUGUCUGAAAGAAGUGUUGAACUUCGGUUAGCGUUGAUGAUGUAUUAUUGGUGCCGGAUUUGAAAUUACUUGUGUGUGACCCAAUUUGAGCGCAUUUGAUGGGAUUCUUCGUGCAUUUUAUUAAUUCUCUUACAUCGCCAGUCUUGCUCGAGACCGUGUUUUGAGUGGACAGACAGCGAGAGUCAGUUAUGUGGCAUUUCAGUGAGUGAGUGUUUUAAUAAAUGCGCGCAAAUUGUUAUUCUGGUCUCAUUUUCGACCAACUUCAGCAAACCUUAAUUCAUCUAUUUUUGAAAGUCUAAGCCGACAUGGUGAAAAUUACUAUUUUUCUACCCCUCUGCAUCCUUCUUCACACGGUUUAUGUAUUAUGUGGACCUAUAAUAAUCGAUAAGUUACCUGAUAUCAUAGAAAAUCUUACUGUGGAAAAUGAGACUCUGCCGGAAUAUGAAGAAGAAGAAAACUCUUUUAAAGAUACGUGGAAUUAUAAAAUUCAACCAAGCAGGACUCCUGUUCUAUUACAGUUUAUAAAAAAUCACACUUUACCUCCUGCUGCAAGUGGCACUGGCCGUUUAUUGUGGGAAUUGGACCAGGAAAAAUCGUCCCAUCUUCCCAUGUUUUUUGAUAAAGCUUUAAAAAUAAUGCACUUAAAACAAGUAGCUUUCGAAAUUGAAAAUAGCGUAAUGUCAAAAGUCUCUUGUACAGCUUGUAAAGCUGGGGCUGGAUUGUUGCAACACUACAUCCGGACGGGAAAAUCUGAAACCGAAAUAAAAAAGACAAUCUACCAGUUUUGCGUAUCGUUAAAAAUACAAUCUGCCAGAGUUUGUGAAGGAAUAACGGAAUUGUUUGCAGGAGAAGUUAUUUAUGUUUUAGGAAAAGUAAAAUAUGGUCCGGAUGAAGUUUGUAGUUUUGUUAUCGGUGACGCCUGUGGAGAUGUCUAUAACCCUUAUCACGAGUGGGAGGUGGUAUUUCCACCUGUACCAAAACCUCCAGAAAAACCACAAGAUAUUCCAAAGCCAAGUGCCCCGUCAUUUAAAGUAUUACAUUUGUCUGACACGCAUUACGAUCCCUAUUAUUUGGAGGGUAGUAAUGCAGACUGCGCAGAGCCUUUGUGUUGUCGAUUAACAAAUGGUCCUGCAGCAUCCAAAGAACAAGCUGCCGGCAAAUGGGGUGAUUACCGAAAAUGCGACACACCAAAAAUAACUGUCGAUAACAUGUUUAAACAUAUAGCCGAUACCCAUCACGAUAUUGAUUAUAUUAUUUGGACUGGCGAUUUGCCGCCUCACGAUAUUUGGAAUCAAACCAGGGAGGAAAAUUUGAAAAUUCUUAAAGAAACUGUUCAGCAAAUGUCUGACACAUUUCCGGGUGUUCCAAUUUUCCCAGCCCUUGGCAAUCACGAAUCUGCACCAGUCAAUAGUUUUCCUCCACCUUUUGUAAACACCCCCGAGAGUGCCAUAUCUUGGCUAUAUGACGAAUUAGAUAAACAGUGGAGAAAAUGGUUACCGACGUCGGUCAGUAAUACAGUUCGUAGGGGUGCUUUUUAUUCAGUUCUUGUUAGACCAGGUUUCAGACUUAUUUCUUUGAAUAUGAAUUAUUGUAACAACAAAAACUGGUGGUUGCUCUUGAACAGUACCGAUCCAGCUACUGAGUUGCAGUGGUUCAUUUAUGAAUUACAGUCGGCUGAAUUUAAUUCCGAAAAAGUCCACAUUAUUGGUCAUAUUCCUCCGGGUCAUUCCGACUGUCUAAAAGUUUGGUCACGUAAUUAUUACGCAAUUAUCAAUCGAUACGAGUCUAUAAUUGCAGCUCAAUUUUUCGGUCAUACCCAUUACGACGAAUUCGAAAUAUUUUACGACAAUAAAGACCUAAGUCGUGCGAUAAGUGUAGCAUACCUGGGUCCAUCAGUAUCUCCCUAUUACGAUCUUAAUCCAGGUUAUCGAAUUUAUUAUAUUGACGGAGAUCAUGACGACACCACAAGGGCUGUUGUUGAUCACGAGUCAUGGACCAUGAAUUUAAGGGAAGCUAAUUUGUAUGGGUACCCAAUUUGGUUCAAACUUUAUUCAGUAAGGCAGGCUUUUGGCAUGGAGGCUUUGAGGCCCACAGACUGGGACAGCUUGGUACAAAAAAUGUCGAACGAUGUACAGCUGUUUGAUUUAUUUUACAAGUAAGAUUUUUUUGGGAUAGGCUUUCGCGGUCGGUAGGGUUGCCAACAUAUCUUUGGCGUUAGAUAGUAUUUUUCAAAAAAUAUGCUUCCUUACGUUUCGCUAACUCGAGUUGUGAGCUUAUUCAGAAGUCCUUCCGACUCCAAUGCUGAAUGUGGUCCACACCUCUGACGAACCUUGCCAUUCGAGCUAGCGAAACGUUAGG